UAAUAUUCUCUAUUCUCCAAGACGUUGGCGUCCGGUAGUAACUUGUACCCCUCACUCACAUCCCAGCUUCCCGCGGUCAUGGAACAAUCAACUCGAAAGGCCCUUCCGAGCUUGAGCCACGGCAUUGGAUCUUACAGAAGCCGUAGAGCUAUUAUCUUGGCCGUUUCAUUAUUCAAUUUGGCAUGUCUAUUACGCACAUGGAUAUUCCAAAACGUAAAGUCAGGACUGGAUAUAGCUCAGGUGCAGAGAUGCGCCAUCGAUAAUCUCCAAGCCGACCUAUCUUUUCUCGACGGGACAUCGCCGAUAAGCAAAUACGAGUUCAUAGAAAGAAGAGAUCGUCUCGCACGAGCUUUAGUCGCAUCUAAUGUCGAUGCUUUUGUUCUCGAGCCAGGCUAUACCUUCCAAUACUACGGAAACACCUCACAAAGUGAUUGGGAGCCCUGGGAGCCCGAAGAAAGACCGUUCUUGAUGAUAAUCUUACCCGUAAGCUCUGAGUCCGGGGCAGUUUCUGCCAAGACGGCUUUUCUCGCUCCACAUUUUGAGGAAGGCCGAGUCCGCAUGCUCGGGAUUCCCUCCCGAGAGCCUGAAUUGGACAUUGUAACUUGGGAGGAACACUGGGAUCCUUACGGCACCCUGCGACAGUCUCAUCUGUUCGCUGAUACUGGCAUGCAUGAGCAUGGGAGGAAACCUAGACUCAUAAUAGAUGAAGAAUUGCGGGAUUUCAUUGCUCGCGGACUUGCAAAUGCUGGAUUCGAGACGUUCGGAUUAAGCGCCGAAGUCGAAUUAGUGAGACAGCUGAAAAGCUCCGCCGAGGUAGAAUUGCUCCGCGCUGUGAACACAGGGACUGUGGCGGCCGUAAGGGCGAUGCGUCCAUGCCUCGUGGCAGAUUUGACCGAAGACGAGGUACGAAAUAUUCUUGAUGCAUCGCUGCUCUCGGUGGGUUUUACCCUCUUCUUCAACAUUGUGCUCUUCGAAGAAGAUGGCGCCUUGCCUCACGGUGGCUUUGUCGUUGGCCAAAAGAAAUUAAGCCAUGAGACAAUGGUUGUGAUCGAUGUCGGGGCGCAUUACUUGGGAUACUCUUCCGAUAUCUGCCGCAGCUUUUUCAUAGACUCAGCAGCAGAAAGGGGCAAAACAUACUAUAGCUUAAUUUCACCUCUCCUUAUGACGAUGGACCUGCUGCCUAGGUCCAUCCAAGUUCCUAGAGGGGACCCUAAGCUGCAUGCAGAAAAGUUGAAAGUAUGGAAUAUUGUACUAGAGGCCCAGACGGCUGCAUCUAGGGAGUUUAAAGCGAAUAAUACCGCGGCGAGUGUCGACCUUGCUGCCCGUAAGAUCAUUGAAAAUGCAGGAUAUGGUCAUGCCUUUACGCAUCGGCUGGGUCACGGAAUUGGAAUUAAGGCCCACGAGUCACCAUACUUGAAUAAGUGGAAUACAAAAAGUAUCCUCCAACCUGGGAUGACUUUUACAAACGAACCUGGGAUAUAUCUGGAAGGUAAAUUUGGUGUUCGUCACGAAGAUAUCUAUCUUGUAAAAGAACACGGUGAUGCCGAGCUAUUAACAGGGCGGAGGGCUACGGGUCCCUAUGACCCUUGAGAAGUAUGACAUGGCGAAGGCCCUUAAUUCCAGAUUCCCGCUUGUUACAAACAAGACUACCUAGGUACCAUUGAUCUUAUUACGAGAGAGUUCGAACUCCCUAUCGGGUUUGACCACGUCAGUACCCGAGAUGAGUAUACGGCGGAGGCAACGAUUCACUCACGGGCCCGAUAAAUGAGGAACUAUUAAGACAGUAGAAAACGAUACUAAUUGUAUUUAUGGCGUCGUAUGAUUACCUUUAGUAGGCUAGGUACUUAGAUACUCAUACAAAUUUGACUGAAUUAACUCAA